AUGGUAAGUUUCCUGCUCCCUCUCACCAACGCCCAAAACCCAGCGCAACCGUUAACCACCACGCCCAACCAUCCAGUCCCUGCGCAUAGCGCCGCCAUCCUCGCACCCUACAACCACCUCCAACACCACCACCCCCACCACCAAAAACUCCUCCUCAUCUACGAGCAACCACCGCAGGGUGAUGGGGUCGGGUGGGGAGGGGGCCGGUGGGGUGCACGAGGAGAUGGAGGCCAGGGUGGGGAUGGGGAGGUGGUGAUUUUUUUCUCUCCCGAAGUGGUCUGA